AUUUCAUCAAAUUUUGAAUUACAACUUGUUUCAACUGCUACCAAUACCAUCCAAUGGAGCAGAGUAAUUCGCAGAGCAGAUGAUGUCGAAAGUUGACGAUUCCUCCAUGAUUGAUUCAAGGAGCGGCUUCUGCAAGUCCAACUCCAUCUUCUACAGCAAGCGGAAGCCGUAUCCACUCCCACCCAACCAGUCUCUAGACGUCACCACGUUCAUAGCCUCGCAGGCCCAUCACGGCCGGAUCGCAUUGAUCGACGCCGCCACUGGCCGCAGCCUAAGCUACGUCGAGUUAUGGAAAGCGGUCGAUUCAAUUUCAACGUGUCUGGCAGAAAUUGGAGUUCGCAAGGGUCACGUCAUCCUCAUCCUCUCCCGGAACUCCAUAUUCUUCCCUGUUAUCUGUCUCGCUAUCAUGUCUCUCGGCGCAAUCAUCACCACCGCAAAUCCGCUCAACACUCCACAGGAGAUCGCCAAACAAGUUGCCGAUUCUAAAGUUUCACUCGCCUUCACCACCAAAGAUCUCGUUCCCAAUCUCGCCACGGUGCCGCUUCUUCCGAUCAUCCUCAUAGACGAUAGUAGCUAUCAGUCGACUUCAUUGAAGGUUAAAGUCGUUGCUACAUUGGAUGAAAUGAUAAAGAAGGAGCCGAGCGAGAACCGAGUCAGGGAACGAGUCAACCAGGACGACACGGCCACUCUUCUUUACUCUUCCGGUACGACAGGUCCAAGCAAAGGCGUGGUGUCUUCACAUGGAAGCCUAAUCGCCCUGAUACAAAACUUUGUAGCUCGAAUCGUCCGUGAAGAGCGAGAGCAGAAGUUCCUCUUGACCAUUCCUAUGUUCCACAUCUACGGUCUAGCAUCGCUUGCCAUGUUCGCAUCAGGAUUAACUCUCGUGAUUCUGCCGAAGUUUGAUUUGCACGACAUGCUUUCCGCAAUCGAGAAGUUUCAUGUUACUUUUCUUCCAUUGGUGCCGCCAAUUCUGGUAGCGCUCAUCAACGGCGCGAAACAGGUGAGAGCGAAUUACGAUUUGAGUUCGCUGCAAGGGGUUAUAUCAGGAGGUGCGCCCUUGAGCAAGGAAAUGAUAGAGGAUUUCGUGGAGAGGUAUCCGACGGUGGGUAUUAUGCAGGGGUAUGCAUCGACAGAAUCGGGAACUGGGGCAUCUACAGACUCCCUGGAGGAGAGCCGGAGGUACGGUACAGCGGGGCUGUUGUCUUCGCGUCUCGAGGCAAAGAUUGUAGACCCUGAAACCGGCGAGGCCUUGUCCGUUAAUCGGAGAGGCGAGCUAUGGCUCAGAGGUCCCUCCAUCAUGAAAGGUUAUUUUGGAAAUCCAGAAGCUACGGCAACUACUCUUGAUUCAGAGGGAUGGUUGAGAAGUGGAGAUCUCUGCUACAUCGAUGAGGAUGGCUACCUUUUUGUGGUUGAUAGGUUAAAAGAGCUUAUUAAGUACAAGGGAUAUCAGGUCCCUCCGGCCGAACUAGAGGCCUUAUUACUUUCUCAUCUGGAAAUUUCUGAUGCUGCAGUAAUUCCAUUUCCUGAUGAGAAAGUUGGGCAGUAUCCCAUGGCAUAUGUGGUAAGAAAAAUGGGAAGUGAUUUAUCUGCGAGUGCGAUCAUGGAUUUCGUGGCAAGGCAGGUUGCGCCAUAUAAGAAAAUCCGAAGAGUUGCAUUCAUAACAUCAAUACCAAAGAAUCCGUCUGGGAAGAUCCUCAGGAAGAACCUGAUUCAGCUUUCAACCUCCAAGCUGUGAAUUAGUGCACCGCUACAUCCAACAUGGGCCUGGGCUCAAACCAAUAGGGGAAAGUCUUCUCGUACACUCAUGAGCGCAAAUAAUAAAAUGGAACCACUUUGUGAAGGAUAUCGUGGUUCAACGAAGUUGACUUUGAUAUUGUUUCUUCAUUCAUACGCCUGAUCUCAGCCGUGUUUCCGAAGAUCAUACGGUAGGUAGGCACGGCCUCUUUGCCUUGCCUUUCGUAGCGUUGUUGAGUUCUCCAUGGAAUCAAUACGUUGGAGUGUGAAUUUAUAGAGAAAAAUGAGAAGAAACAGUCACUCACAUUAACAAUAUUAUGCGUUUUGAAUUGUUCGGUUA